AAUACAUUGAUCGCAUUGAUCCAGUGAAGUGGUUCCAGUGGUUCUCCUUUUAAAAUAAUAACAACAACGAAUUCACGCAAUUAAAUAACAUUGGGCAAUUCAUUUCUUCAUUAAACUUGCUAUCGCGACACUUAUAAUUCAAACGCUUAAUUGUCAUGGCAAGUACAUCAGAAAAGACUCUUGCUAAAGUUUCCUUAACUCAGCGAAAUAUUACUACAAAUGAAAAUGGAGUGAUUGGUUCCCGACCAGCAUUGAGCGAUCAUUGGAUUACAUCUCGCUCGUUCACAAGGUAUUAUCCUCUGCCGAUCGUCGCUGGGAAGUUGGAGGAGUCAUCGCUGCAGGAAUGGUUGGCAGAAGCGGAAUGGUACAAAAAAGAUUUGAUUUGGCUUUUGCGAUUGGAACAUAAUCGAUUCUGGUCGUACAUGGUACAUGAACCUGCUUGCAUUGUUUCGGUUACAUCAUUCCUUCAAGAAGCAAUGCCAUACUAUACACCUGUUUCGUCCCUGACAUCAAACAGUGAUGUUUUGCAAAUAUACAAAGACAUUCUAACGCUAACACUGAGCUUACUAUACCGAUUGCUAACUGAAAGGGAAUCCGAGUCCGAAUGGAUGUCAGCGUCCGAACUUGGAGACAUAAUUUACACCAAUUACAUUGUCACAAUUCCAAUGGCAAUGGAUAUGCUAAUCGCUUAUGGCCGAUCGAACAUUGGAGCAUUAACGGAAUUGUUUAGCAGAAUUUUCGCGUUCAACGAACGGUACGCCUCUGAUCUGACAACGGCGCUGCGCGAUUUGGAAAAGUCAUUUCAAAUCAUUCAACAAAAAUGCGAUGAAAAUGAUGCGAACACCUCGUUCGACGAUCUGGCUACAUUUACGCUGGACUGUUGUGCAACGGUUGGAAUACUGCUGACUGCUUUUCCGCCAGCCCGACAGUAUGCACUCGAAAUUAAAUUGGAGCAAUGUAUAACGAAUUUCUACGAUGUUGUCAUACCGAAACUGUUCCAACAAAUCCACACCAUAAAUCCGGAGUCAAAGAGCCUCGAAUAUUUAAAUGAAUCGCGCAUGGAGCUGCUGGGCAGCUUUCUGCAAUUGAGCAAUUAUUAUUUGGAGCAAAUUUUGAAUGAACCGGGCGACUGCUUAAAGGCAGCCGAAAGCUUGUUGGCCAUUUUGCAGGAAGCGUUAUCCGAUCAAAUAUUCAUCAUCGAUUACCAACGACUGCAUCCAGUUGCUAGUGAUAUUGAAAUUUUGCAACAGGCCUGCCCAGAAUUAGACAUGUUCAAGGUUGACUACAUCUUAAACGCGUACAUUUCCGGACAAACCCACCAAGCUCCGAUGAAAAAUGGGCAUGCAUUCGUUGAAGAUGAAGAGGAGGUCGCAGGUGCUAUGGCACUACCACCUAGCAAUUCCAAUGCCAACGAACAAAUCCAGGAGGUGCUAAACAUAUUUCCACAUUUAACGACAGAUUUUGUGGAAAAACUGCUACAGCGAUACGAGUCAACGGAAAAGGCUAUAGCCGAAUACCUUGAAGGAAAUCUGCCACCGGAUUUAAUUGAAAGUGAUGGCUUGCCUGCCGAUGAGUUCACACCGCGUACACCUUCCGUGUCACCGAUUCCGUCCACGUCAACAUCCCAUGCGGUUAACGACGAUAAAUUCUUGGACCAGUUCAAUUUUGCCGACAAUUCGAAAGUCAUUGUCAAAAUGGGAAAAGGAUUUCCGGGAGGUCAUCGAAAUGCCAGUUCACUGUUAGAUGAUAAGUCGCACGUUCGUUCGAUGAAAGAGCGCUACGAGUCGUACGGCUUGGUCGUGGAGAACGAGAAUGAAUACGAUGACGAGUACGACGACAGUUAUGAUGGAAUGACGGAAAGUGAAUCGAAAUCGCAUCGGAAGGCGGUUGGUGUAAAUGCCAAAGAUUUUGUGGUCGACGAAGAAGACGAAGAUGAUGGCGAAGAGGACGACGAAGAAGGCGAUCCAAAUGAUGGUAAUCAGCGUGAUAUGAGCAAAGAUUUUUGUGAGAAUCCGGAGGCGAUACGUGAACGUCUGGCCAAAAGUCGGUACAGCAAAUUCGUCGCACGUGGCACGGCAAAGCCGAAAGCACCAAGCGGCGACGUUGCUGGAAGCUCGAAAGAUUCGAAUACACAACAGAAUCGGCACAAGAAGGAUGUGAAUAAAUCGACAAGAGCGAACCAUAAUCGAAGACAAGGUGCUGCCUUCAAACGUAAUCGUGGCAUGAUUCCGUCAUAAGCGGUUGUGAUAGGCGAUAAUGAUGUUCCAAUGGUUUCAAUAAAAUUUAUUUUCCAUUUUAA